AUGCCAGCCACAGAUUGUCGAGAAGCGUCAUCAGCAUCCUUUUCGGGCUUUGGAUUUUCAAUUUUGAACAGACUGCCCGAUCAGGUUCACUCCAUGGAUUCUCCUAGCCAAGAAAUUGAAUUGGAAUCAUUUCAGAAACAGGUGGCUGAAAGGUUUAACGAUUUAGCUGCCGUAGAUUCCGAUGAAUUGCUCUCAAUCUCGUGGAUUCGCAAGCUUUUGCAUGCAUAUAUCUGCUGCCAAGAAGAAUUUAGACUAAUUGUAUUCAAGAACAAGGAUUUCUUGAAUAGACAUCCAAUGGAUAGAUACAUUUCUGAGUUUUUCGAAAGGAUUAUCAAGGCUUUAGAUGUUUGCAAUGCGAUUAGAGAUGGGAUUGAGAAGAUUAGGCAAUGGCAGAUGCAAUUGGAGAUUGUUUUGUGUGCAUUAGACAAUCAGCGGAGCCUUGGGGAAGGCCAAAUUCGACGUGCUAAAAAGGCCUUGAUCGACUUGGAUAUUGGAAUGCUUGAUGAGAAAGAAUCAAAUACGACUCUGGCGCGUAGAAAUAGGUCGUUUGGCCGCAAUAAUAUGGCGAAGGAGAGUACAUCCUUAGGCCAUUUUCGAUCACUCUCUUGGAGUGUUUCGCGUUCUUGGUCUGCUGCUAGGCAGUUGCAAGCAAUUGGGAAUAACUUGGUUGCUCCUCGGGCUAAUGAGAUUAUAGCCACCAAUGGACUAAAUGUGGCUGUUUUUACGAUGAACUAUGUGCUUUUUUUCGUGAUGUGGGCUCUCGUGGCUGCGAUCCCUUGUCAAGACCGUGGUCUUCAGAGCCAUUUUUUGGUGACUAGACAGUUCGUUUGGAGUAUUCCAAUUAUCUCACUCCACGAUAGGAUUUUGGAGGAGUCGCGAAAGAGGGACAGGAGAAAUUCUUGUGGACUGUUGAAGGAGAUUCGCUUGAUUGAGAAAUGUGCACGACACAUGAAUGAGUUGACGUAUUCUGUUCAUUUCCCCUUGAACGAGUUAAAGGAGGAAGAGAUAAAGGAGAGAAUUCGUGAAUUAAAGGGAGUGCACGGAGCUGUAAAGGAUGGAUUGGAUCCAUUAGUGCGCCAAGUAAGAGAAGUGUUUUGUAGGAUUGUACGCAUAAGGACAGACGGUCUUGAUUCCAUUGGACGAGAAAAUAGUCGUGAUUAA